GGAACAAAAACGCCUAUCUAUAUAUAAACCCAGCCUAACCUUCAAACCCUGCGCUUCCCUCAACCUCAUAUCACAUAUAUCUCUCUUCCCUCCUCCUAGUCAAAGUCGAUCAUCUAUUAGGGUUUCAGUUACAUUUUGAUCUUCUGAAACUGUCUUCCCUGAGGUUUGGUUUCAGCUGAGGUUGUCUGAGUUUGUUGGUCGUAUUUUUAUGUCACAACCCCGGAGUUUGUUCUCACAUGAGGUCGCGGAUCUGUGCCUCGGGAAGCCCCCGCUGAAGUCUGUGUCGAUCGCCGCCACGGUCGGCGAGGCAUUGUCGGCGCUGAAGGCGCUUGGCGAGACCUUCCUCAGCGUGUGGAGCUGCAACCACGCCGAGAAGAACGACGUCAUUGUGGCCGAGGAGUGUCGCUGUGUCGGGAAAAUUUGCAUGCUCGAUGUAAUUGUGUAUUUGGGGAGAGAGGAGAACCUGUCGUCUCCGGCCAAAGCGCUCGAGGCUCCGGUCGAGGUUUUGAUCCGCAGGUCCCCUGCGAUCUGCCUUGUUAGUCAUUUGGAACCACACGCCAGCUUGGUGGAGGCUAUGGAUUUGAUUCUGGAAGGUGCACAGAAUCUUGUGAUACCGCUCCAGAGGAACGCAGGCUCAAGAAAAAAGCUUCUUCACAGCAACUCCUUGAAUCCCACAACCCACAACGACCGGGAAUACUGCUGGCUCACCCAGGAAGACAUUGUCCGCUACCUACUGAACUCGAUUGGCUACUUCAGCCAUGUAUCGAACAACUCCAUCAGCGAUCUACAGAUCAUCGACUCCAAAAACAUGCUUGCAGUCCGUUACGAUGACCCUGCCUUAGCUGCAUUACCUCUCAUUGCCGAGUCCCUUGUUCAGCAAACUUCAGUUGCUAUUCUUGAUGGGGAGAACAAGGUGAUGGGGGAGAUUUCACCUUAUACCCUCAACACCUUCCACGAGUCGGUGGCGGCCGCCAUUGCGACGCUUUCUGCUUGGGAACUGAUGGCGUACAUUGACUGUGGUGGUCCGUCAGAUGACCUAGUGCAGUUAGUGAAAGACAGGUUGCAGGAGAAGAAGUAUGAGGGGUUAUUGGAGUUGAUGGAAGAAGACUUCACAUUCUCGUCUUCCUCUUCCAUCUGUUCAACUUCUUCGGAUGAAGAGUUUGGUCAGGGAAGGAGUUGGAGGCUGGGAGGGUACUCGGCUAGGCUGGUGAGGAGGGCAGAGGCAAUUGUGUGCUAUCCAUGUAGCUCAUUGGUGGCUGUGAUGGUUCAGGCUCUAUGUCAUCGUGUGAGUUAUGUAUGGGUUGUUGAAGAGGACAGAACUUUGUCUGGUAUUGUUACCUUUGCAAGCAUGUUCAAAGUUUUCCGGGAACGUUUGAGGUUCAUGGCAUAGGUCUGUCUGAAGCAAAGAAACUUGUAGCUAUUGACGAUGCACUGUUUCCUCUGGGAAUAUUUUUGUAAACAUAUUUUUUUUUUGGAAAUGGAAACUCAGUACUGUUUUUCAGAUACACCUUAUUUUGCUUAUUCUACAGCUUUAUCUUUUUGGUCAAUAUUCUAUAGC